AUGCGUACAAGUAAACCUAUUUCUAAUAUAUUAGAAGAAUCAGAAAGAAAAGAUAGCGAACUUGUUCAUUAUUCCAGAAAGGAAAAGGCCAAAGAAGAAAAGGGGGAAGAAAAAAUCAAUAGCCUAGAAAAAAUUAUAUCUAAGAUGCAAAAAGAGCUAGAAAAAAAAGAUAAAGAGUUCACUCGUUAUUCUGAAAGAGUAGAUCAGCACGAAGAAAAAAUUGAUAAUAUAAAAAAAACUAUUUCUAAUAUGCGAGAUGAGCAAGAAACGAAAGAUAAUAAUUUGGUUGGUUAUCAAAUGAAAUUAGUUCAAGUGGAAUCUCAGCUAAGCGAAACUAAAAAGAAACUUGAAAGAGAAAAAAAGAUUAGAGAAAUAUUAAAUAGUUUUUAUGAUGAACUAAUUCAAACUUGUGUUGAAAAGGCACUCUUAAAAAAAGAAAUAGAAAUAUUAGAGAAAGAAUCGAAAGAACUUGAACAUAAGCAGGACAAAGAUGAUGACAGAAUUAAAAUUUUAUCUGAUGUUGAACAAUUAAAGAAUCUUUUAAAUGGUAAACAAUCAAAAGAAAAAUUGAUCAGAGACAAAAUAGAUUUGGUACAAAUAGAUACUGAUGAAGUAUCGAAUGAAUUUUAUGAAAUUCAAAAUGAAAAGUCAAGAUUACUUACUAACUCUUUCUAUACCUAG